UCCCUGUCUCCCAAUUUUCGCCGACUGCUUCGUCACAACCUAUACAUAAACAUACACACAUAUAUACAUACAGUUUUCGCUAUAUCUAUAUCACCAUCUCUUCGCCGCCUUUCGGACGCGUCGAGUCUCUCACCGAUCGUCGGCGAUCUUUCAACACCGUCAUACUUCUCGUUGUGGAGAAGAGCUUUUAGCAUAGAUGCCUGUUGCAAAACUUUUGGAUACUAGCACACCAGAUGCCAUGAUUGCGGAGGAGACGACAAGUUCUUUGGAUACUUUCAUCAGACAAGCAGUUGGGAAGGAGCCCUUUUUCUCAUUCUCAAGGACUGGGGACAACCCUUUGCAGUGGAUACAGUUUCUUCAUACCAUGGAUCAGCCAGAUCUCCCUGGUUGGCCUUUGUUGACUCCUGUGAAGGUUCAAAUGCAGAAAUGUGAUAAGUGUGCCCAUGAGUUCUGCUCGCCUAUAAACUAUCGGAGACAUAUAAGAGUGCAUCGACGGUCUAUGAAUUUUCCUAAGGAGCCUCAGAAGUUCAGGGAUAUAUUAGGAACAUUUUGGGAUAAGCUCGAAUAUGAUAAAGCAAAGGAGAUUAUGUCUCUUAAGGAUGUUAAUCUGGAGGAAGUUCCAGGCGUGUCUGUAGUAAGGAAUAUUGUAAGUAAUAUAAGGAACCCGAUGUUUUUCUCUCUUCCACAAGCAUAUGUGAAAGCUGGCUCUGCUUUAGUGGAUAUUAUCCAAGGUAGACCUUCCAGUUUGCCAAUUUCUUCCCAGGAUCUAUUCAGUUUGCUUGAUGAUGCUAGUGAGGGAACUUUCUUAUGUGCCGGAACAGCCAAAUCAUUGCACAAAUAUGUCUUCGACGGUGAAGUGGGGAAAGUUGGCCUUGAAAUUAGAAAUUUAAUUGCUUGCACAACUUUGCUUGUUGAGCAAGAAUUGGUGAAGGCAUGGUUUGCAGACAAAGAUGUUGAAGCUUUAAGAUGUCAGAAGCUGCUUGUAGAAGAAGAGGAAGCUGCUAAAAGGAGGCAAUCUCAGCUGUUAGAAAGGAAAAGACGAAGGAAACUUCGACAGAAGGAACAGAGGGCAAGGGAUGGCUUGAAGGCAGAAGUAUACCCUGCUUCUGAUAUAUUUAAGAGCAUCCCAUCAGCAGAUAGUUCUAGCCCUCAGGUGUCUCCAGAGGCCGAUCAUCUCAUCCCAGAUGAGUAUGCAGUCGCAACUCUUGAUCCCACUCAGCUCUCACACAAUGAAGAAGUCAGUCAUAUUGAUCAUUCAGAUAUUUGUACUGAACAAGAGAGGAUGCAUGGGAAUGGUUCACAGGAUCUCAUUCCACAAUGGGAGGUGCCAAAAAAAUCACCAAGAGCUAGUCGUAAUGCUUUUCGCAGUAAUCAGAAUGGCAAUGUGAUAAAAUGGGAGCAUGCACACAAGCAUAGGGAACAAAAGAUUAACGGCGGUAAAGUUUGGACCAGGAAACCUAGAUCCGAAAAUGGAGAGGUUAUACAAUCAAGAGUACACAAUAGUACAAUUAAUCAAACUAUUCAGAGCAACUGUCAACUUAUGAUUGGUUCCAUAUCUGUGACUCUGAGAAACUCUACAGGCCAGCAUCAAGUAAAUAGUCAACUUGACUUUAAAGAAAAUGGUACCACAGAAAUCAAGACCAAAGGUGCCCAAAAUGAUGCCGAACAUUCCAAUGUUAAGUUUUGUAAGCCACGACAUGACACCGGAGGUCAGUUGGCAGAUAAAAGCAAUCGCCAAAUAUUGGAAGAGGACGCAACAUCAGAAAGAGGCACUGACCAAACUCUGUUUAAUGAGAAUCAUCAAAAAUCUUGCAAUUUGAAUGGACUUGACAGUAAGGGUACCAAUGAUUCCAAUGUACAGGCAGAAGAUGGUGCUAAGGCGAAGAGAAUCUCUAUUGACAGUCAGCAAAAUGGCGCCCACCACUCUAGUGUCAAGUUUUGGAAGCCACGGCACGACACAGGAGGUCAGUUAGUAGAUAGAAGCAAUAGUCAAAUAUUGGAAGGCGAUGCAGCAUCAGAAAGAGGCACUGACCAAACUCUGUCUAACGAGAGCCAUAAAAAUUCAUGCAAUUUGAAUGGACUUGACAGCAAGGAUACCAAUGAUUCUUAUGUACAGGCAGAAGAUGGUGCCAAGGCACAGAGAGUACCGUUCUCUGUUGACGCAGCAAAAGCUUUUCUUUCUCAGAGAUGGAAGGAGGCAAUUUCAGGGGACCAUGUGGAGCUGGUUCUAACGUCAGCACUCGAGCCACCAGGGCAACUUGAUGGUCAAGAUGAUCAUCAAGUUUCUGCAGCUCAAGAGUACAUCCUUCAUGGUGGUCCGAAGGGUCAAGUAGGGAAAACAGUGGGUAUCAAUUCUUCAACCCAUGCAACUGUUGAACCAAAGUUUAGGAAAAAAACUGAUAAAAGCAUCAAAACAAAGUACAUUCCAAAACAGAGAGCCUUUACUAGCGGAUAGAAGCUUAAGGAAUUAAAAUCAUUUCUAGAUUCAUCUCCUUAUACCCAACCAUGUGCAAUUUGAUUGACCUGAUACUGUUUAUUUACCUUGUUAUUGGCCAGAGUACCUGUUUUGCCAUUGGGUCUUCUGUCUCGUUUUUAACAAAGAUUUAAAAGAGAGAAGAUAUUUUCAUACAGUAGUUUUUAGUUUCGGUUUCUGGCCUUAUGCUGAUCCUUUUCUUUAAUCUUUUUGGCCAAAGCUGAUUUGGGGUACCGUUUUUCCUGGUAAUAAAGCUUUGAGUCGUCUAACCACCAUCGUUAUAGCAUGGAUGUGUUUUUCCAUCUGUUUCCCCUGGUUUUACAGAUGUAUGCUUAGGUUAGUUGUGGCAAAUGUAACUCUACAAAGAGGAUAUACUAGAAUUUUAUUAGCCUGUGAUUGUUCUUGACCUGGACUUGUAACAAUUGUGACCCCAGAAAUAAGAUAGCGUUUGUUUUAGCCCAUAUUUUCAUAAUAAAGGCUUAACCGUAUCUUUAGAAUA